AUGCCGCUCGUAAACUCAGUCAUCUGUGUGGCCUUGAUUACUGGCAUAGUAGUUAUUUUGACUCGUUGUGCCUUCAAGCCUCAGGACAACAAAGCGCCGGUAACCAGAGGUCAAAACAUUUCCCCUCCUGAGCUUCCUUUGUCUGUUGCCCAGAUCAUACAUUCCUUUUUCACAGCACCGUUCGACUUCAUAUCAGAAGGUUUUAAGGUAACCGGUUCUAAUACCUUUCGAUUUCGACUACGGAAUAAUGAAGUCAUUGCGGUAUCGGGUGAUGAGGCAAGACGGACGUUCUUUGGGGCCAAAGAUUUGAAUCUCUAUGCAGGUUUUCAGGUACUAAUUGGUACUAUACCUGCCGGUCUCAAUCCUCAGGCCCUUCAUGGUAUAUACAAGCGAUUAAAUGGUCUUCAGCGACCCGACAACCUCCAAAGCUUACUUCCGCAAUUGAUCGAGGACUGUCAUCAAAAGAUGCAUUCAUGGGACGAACUCGUAAUAGAUCCAUGCGCCACUUUACAUGAUGUUACUUUCCAGAUGAUCAUCCGUGCCGUUACUUGCCAUGAUGUUGCGGAAGAUACGAAGCUUGUAUCCCGCUUGAAAUACCUUUAUGAUAUUAUUGAUGCAUCAGUCAAGCCCUUGCGCUCCUUUGCUUGGGUACCUGGUCUUGCAACUUUCAACAAGAUGUGCGCAUCUAUGUAUGUCUAUUGGACGUUCAAGCAAGCUGUCCAGAAACGGGUCAACAGUGGCGUGCGAAGAAACGACACUCUUCAGCAGCUCCUUGACUCUGGGGAAAGUUCCCAAUGUAUUGUCGGGUUUAUGAUGGGACUGCCUAUCGCUGGGGCGCGAUCCACAGGAACAAUUGGCACAUGGCUUCUCCUAUACCUCGCCUCUGAACCAACUUGGUUCAGAGCCGUACGCAACGAGAUUAAAAGCUUGGCUACAAUGUACGGAGUAACAACCUCGUCGGAGGAAGAUAUAAUGGGGAUGUUAUCGGCCAUCCCUCUUGCCGGUUGGGAGUCCAAAACCCCGCAGCUGGAUCUCUGUAUUCGUGAAACACUCCGGAGAGCUCAGCCACAUACGGCGGUACGGCGCAACAUUGGGCCUGACCUGCCAAUUGGCGCUUAUACAAUCCCAUCCAAUGCCUUCGUCCUAUAUCCGUUCUCUGAUGCGGCGCUGAACCCCACCCUUUAUCCAGACCCAUUACGCUGGGAUCCCGGCCGCACAGUUGUCGACAAGGACGCAUUCAUCGGGUGGGGGGGCGGCACACACUUAUGCAAAGGCCAGCGUCUGGCCAAUUUGACCUUGAAGAUCAUAGUGGCCUACACUUUGAUGAAUUAUGACAUCGAUCUGGUCAACAAUAAUGGCGACGUAGUCACUGGCCCCCCCGUUCCAGACUGGAAUGACUACUUAACAUGUCGGCCUACAGGCGAUUGCACGCUUUGUUUUACAAAGUGCAGACAGCCAACCUAUAAGUUAUAA